AAUACUCUCCCUCAAAUUUUUUUCGUGUAGCAUUCUUUUCUUCUUCCCUAAAUUUUACUCUCUCUCUCUCUCUAACCAAAAACCCUGUCUGGCUCUAUCUGACCCCAAAUCCCUGCGAUUCUCUCUAACUCCAAAACAUCUAUCAUUCUUUCUCAUCUAGAAAUCCUCUUGGUUCCCAAACCCUUUCACGACUGCAAUCUCAAGGUAACCCUACCUCUCUCUAUGCUCUUUUAUUUUCCAGAUUUUAUCAAAACGUUCUUUCAAUUUAGCUUUGCAGAACCUCACGGCUGCACUCGCAAGUUGGUUUUACUAAAUUUUAUGGAACCUCACUGGAAGAGGUAUGCCAUGUGAUUGGUUGAAGUUGUAGAAAAAGCUAGGUGAGAGGACAGUGGGAGAAAGCCACCCACUUCACCUAUUUUUUCCAAUAUUUGUUCCUUUGGUACAUGCAUUGAAUUAACUAAUUUGCGUUUGAAAUAGAAGGGAAGCUAUCCAAUUGGGAUGGUAUUGGAGUGGAAGAGCUUCUGAAGUUUCUAUUCAGAAGACUAGCCAGAGGAGCAACAACAGUUUUCUAAAAGCUCAUGUCAAGGCAUAAGUUAGUGGUUCAAUUGUUGAAUGUCAAGGUAAACUUAAUUUACACACACAACUACCUACUUGAUCAUAAUAUCAGAAACAUUGGAGUUUAUGGUUCUGUUGCUGACAAGAUAUUUGGAAGCAACAACAAAAACAUGACCGGAUAAUUGGACAACCAGCGGAUGGUAGCCCUGCUGCACAGUUUGACCGGAUAAAAACGUUACCAAACGAGCCCUUAUACUUUGGGCUUUGCUUAUUAAUUAAGCUAGCUCUCCAUAAUUAACUGAAAGAUACACAUAAUUAAUACAACAGUCUUGACAUACGAAACAAGACAAAAUUUUCAAUGGCCCACUCUUCGAAACUUAGAGGUGGUGACGUUUCAAUUGGACCUAAAGAGAGAGUGAUCAGCAAGUACAGAAAAAAGAAAGAAAAGAAUUAAACUCACUGCCGUGGAACAAUAAAUGCCACCAACUCUUACUGACAUGAAAGGACGAAGAAAAUCGUCUUACUUGUGCACCAAGAGACAUGUGUCCAUUCAGAGGAUUAAGCCUUAUCUACAACUCUUCCAUGUUUUUUUUCCUUUAAUCUAUCAGACUAAACUAAUUAUUAAAGGAAGAAAAGUAUAGGAACACAAAGAAACAAAAGUAAGACCUUUUCCAAAAGUUAUAGAAGAGAGACCUCUCUCGCCUGACUCAACCAUUUGAGAUCAUCCCCAAGGAGCUUGCAAUGGUUUGGAUUUGGGCAACAAUUGGGUUGCUUGCCCUUGUUCAUAUCCUGCAAGCAUGGUGGAAGAACAAGAAGAAGAGGUUACCUCCUGGUCCAAGAGGGUUCCCCAUUUUUGGCAGCCUUCACUUGCUAGGGGAGUUUCCUAACAAGGAUCUUCAUCGGCUUGCCCGAAAAUACGGCGACAUCAUGUACAUGCGCUUAGGCCUUAUGUCUACCAUUGUCAUCUCAUCUCCAGAAGCCGCCGAGCUGUUCCUCAAAACACACGACCUUGUGUUUGCUAGCAGGCCACCACAUGAAGGUUCAAAGCACAUCUCUUUCGGACAAAAGAACUUGAGCUUCUCUGAGUAUGGCGUGUAUUGGCGCGACACCCGGAAGAUGUGCACAAUUGAGUUGCUCAGCAACCACAAAAUCAACUCCUUCAAGUCCAUGAGGAGAGAAGAGGUUUCUCUCUGUGUUGAGUCUAUUCGAGCGGCCGCGAAUAAUAUAGGUGUUGCUGUUGAUCUGAGUGACAAGGUCUCGUCCCUCAGCGUGGACAUGAGCUGCCGGAUGGUGCUUGGGAAGAAGUACAGGGAUGAGGAGUUUGAUGAGAGGGGUUUCAAGUCUGUGGUCAGAGAGGGUAUCCAAUUGGCAUCUGCUCCUAACUUGGGUGAUUACAUUCCUUUUAUUGCUCCACUUGACCUCCAAGGGUUCACAAAACGCAUGAAGUCUGUCAACAAGGCAUUUGAUAACUUGUUUGAGAAGAGCAUUGAGGAGCAUCUGCAACCUAACGAUGGAGAAAGAACUAAGGACUUUGUUGAUGUUAUGGUGGGCUUCAUGGGGUCCGAAGAAUCUGAAUACCGAAUCGAACGCCCCCAUAUCAAGGCUAUAAUGUUGGACAUGCUGGUGGCCUCCAUGGACACAUCAUCGACAACGAUUGAGUGGGCACUCUCCGAACUCAUGAGGCAUCCGAAAGCGAUGAAGAAAGUCCAAAAAGAGCUAGAAAAUGUUGUUGGAUUGGAUAAAAUGGUGGAGGAAUCAGACUUGGAGAAAUUGGACUACUUGAACAUGGUAGUGAAGGAAACCUUCAGGCUACAUCCAGUAGCACCAUUACUGGUUCCUCAUGCAUCCAUUGAAGAUUGCACUGUCAAUGGAUACCACAUACCCAAAAAUUCUCGGGUCCUCAUAAACGUGUGGGCAAUCGGGAGAGACCCGAAUGCUUGGACAGAUCCAGAGAAGUUCAUACCAGAAAGAUUUGAGGGUAGCAGCGUUGAUGUUAGAGGAAAUCACUUUCAGCUUAUCCCAUUCGGCUCUGGCCGAAGACGUUGCCCUGGAAUUCAGCUAGGCCUUACUGUGGUCCAGUUAGUGCUGGCACAACUUGUGCAUUGUUUUGAUUGGGAACUUCCAAAUAACAUGUUGCCAGAUGAGUUGGACAUGACUGAGGAGUUUGGCUUUACGGUUCCAAGGGCCAAGCACCUACUCGCUAUCCCUUCCUAUCGCCUUCGGAAAUCAGCAUAAGGUGCAUGUACCACUCUUGUAGCUUCAUACAUUUGUUUUCUUCACCUGAGGAAAAUAAAGAUAAAAAAUAAAUAAAUUGAAUAAAAUUGUGUUGAUCACUUAAAGUGAGAGGGGCUGCACAACACGACCUGUUAAAUUUGAGGGUCCGUUCUUUC